AUGGAGAAACAAGAGAGGGGAACAAGCAGAAGGGAGAGAAGAAGCACAAGCGACCUGCUUCGCACUUCCGUGGGCCCGGACGGUGCCAAGGGGCUGGCGGAGGUGCUGAAGCAUAACACAACCCUCAGCGAACUCAAUCUGAUUGACAACGCCAUUGGGGAUGAAGGCGCGGUGGCUUUUGCGAACAUGUUGCAGCUCAACUCAACCCUCACUACGCUCGACUUGUGGAUGACAUCCAUGACCCCAGUCGGUGGUGCAGCGCUGGGGGCCGCUCUCGAUCAGAACCGCACACUGAAACAGCUCUGGAUUGAAGGAAACUCGACCGCCACGGCCCGUGCCUUUGGUGCCGCCCUCCCCGUCGACCGAGAGAUUAGCACACCAUGGUACAAUGACGAUGAAGGUGAAGUUGCCUUCAACGAGGCACGGAAAGAAAAGAAAGAACUACUCUCCAGCACAUACGGUGGGCCAGAACAACGGCAAACCACUUUUCUUCACAGCACACAGCAAUCGCGGGAACAUCCACGCACCGCCCGCGAGCAGUGUGAUGAUGAUGCUGGUACGCCUUAG